UUCAAACUCACUGAAACAGCUUUCAAACUCCAGUCUGUUUAUGUCUUUGGUUUUAAUCAUUGUCAGAUCUGGGUGUCUACCGCUGAUUUUUUUUUUUGUUCUGGGACUUAGAAUCCAUCUUUGACGUCAUAGCUGUUUCAUAGCAACCUUGACCUAAGUGAAUGAUGCACUCCUCUGUUGUGUAGACUUAAGGGAAUACGCCAAGGGGUAGGCAGGAAGAUGUAUGUAUCCUCGCCCCCGUACAUACUUUCAGUGCCCUUGGGAAGAAAGAGGGUCUAGAAUGGGGAGAGGGGCUGUAUUGAGUAUCGCCCCUCUUGCUGAUAAACAUUUGGAUCCUAAAAGGGCGGCUCAGCCCUUGUCUUCAUGAAUUUUCAUCUCUAUUUAAAAUUCCUUACCCAUGAACAGUGUUACACACUUGGCAAAGUGUUUUCAUGUACCGUUUAUCAUUUGAUGUCCAAAGUAACCCUCCUGAAGUAGGCAAGGAGGUCUUAAUUUACAAAGGAGAAAAUAGAAAUUCAAGAAUGAUCAGUCCCUUUCCUCCCGGUCCAAGAAUUCUUAAUCCUUUUCUACAGAAGAUUUAGGAGACUUUAAAGAAUAACGAUUUAAUGCAAUGUAAUCCCUCUUAUUUAUUUUCUUAAAUGUGGUAUUUGCUUUCUUACUUGGUCACAUUUAACUGGGAUUUCGAAGCCCUGUAAUUUGGAUCCCACAAUUUGGACAGGAGGGGCAGGAGAGAGGAAGAGUAGCUUCCUGCUAUGCCUUUGAUGUAACUUGGAAAUUCACCUCAGAAGCUGAAGUCUCUUCAUCUUUGUCUUCCCCAGAGGGUGGGUUUGCAUUCAUUACAAGGGCGUGGACAGAACAAAGGCUGGAGAGGUAGUCCCCAACAAGAGCUAGUAAAGCAGCAACGUGGUGACUUUUCUCCUGCUUUGUGGACAGGACUUGUGUUUCAUUGACAACAGGUGCGCCCUGUCUUUUCAUGUUGAAGGCUGUCCUGUGUGAAAAGAAUGAAGUGAUGAUACCGUAGAGGAUUCGUCCGGGAUGCCCGUGGUGAGACAUGAGGAAUUGGGCCACUGGCUUCCUCCUCGGGAGCCUGGCGUUGGCCUUCUGUCUGCCUUUGGUGGUGGCGCCCCUGAAAACACUGGCCAUCCCAAAGAGACUGCAGCAAGCCGUGGGGAGGGUUAUUGUCCAUACCACACCCUGCACGGUCACCUGUGGCCUUGGCUAUAAGGAAGAGACCGUCUGCGAGGUGGGCCCCGACGGUGUGAGGAGGAAGUGUACGUUUCAGCGCUUGGAAUGUCUCACCAACUGGAUCUGUGGGAUGCUCCACUUCACCGUUGUCAUAGGGAGGAGAUUCCAGCUGAGCUGUCUGAGCUCAGACAUCCUGGCGGUGGGAAAGGAAGCUUUCCGGUUCACCUGGAGAUUUGCCCGUGGUAUCAUCUCAACUGAUGAUGAAAUCUUCAAACCCUUCCAAGUUGAUUCCCACUUCGUGAGGUUUGAGUCUGUUCAGGAGUAUGACGCGGGGACAUACCGGUGUGACGUACAGCUGUUAAAAAACUUCAGAUUUGUCAAGAGGCUCUAUUUUGGGCUGCGGGUCCUUCCCUCUAACUUGGUGAAUCUGAAUUUUCAUCAGUCCCUCACCGAGAACCAGAAGUUCGUAGAUAAGGGUCUGGAAGUGAAUCUGGACAACGGUCCUAAGCCUUACCACCCGUGGAAGAAGACGGUGGCUGUAGCUGUGGGAAUAGGGAUGGCCAGUGGAAUGGUCGGUGCUGUGCUGGUGAUCAUCGCCCUGGGCAGUGGGCUGAGGAAGAUCAACGGUGGUGCCGGCCUUGAGUCCUUAAAGGCCCUCCUCCUGAAAGGCUGGCUGCCCCGGAAGCUGGACCGGCUGUUCAGGAAGCCGAGCUAA